AUGAUGAACGCUACACCUGACGAGACACCCUUCCUGAUGAUCCGCCGUCGGCGGAACUGGACACCAGAAGAAGACAUGAUACUAAAGAGGGAAGUGAGAAGAGUACAAGGAGAAGGUGACAACAUUAGCUGGCACGAGAUCGCUGCAUAUCUCCCGGGGAGAACGAAUAAAGAUUGCCGCAAGCGCUGGUAUGGUACUGCAGCAGUGAAAGUAAAGAAAGGACCAUGGACAGAGGCGGAGGACGAACGGCUACGCAGAGCGAUUGAACGACACGGUACCAAGUGGUCGGUGGUUGCAUCUAUGGUGGCAACGAGACUGCCCGAUCAAUGCUCGAAACGCUGGGGUCAGGCAAUCAAUCCAGAUAUCGACCACAGUCCAUGGACGCAGCACGAGGACGAUCUCUUAAUCGAGCAAGUCAACAAACACGGCCACUACUGGCAGCAGAUUGUGUCCCAUCAUUUCCCAGGAAGAACCAGUCUCGCCGCAAAAAACCGAUAUCACAUACUGCAACGACGACUAAAGAGCCAACAGACCGGAAUCACCAGACGCUUCCAUGGUCUGAGCAAUACCCCAUGGCAGGACAUACUGUGGUCUGACAAUUCUCCGCAUGAAAACAGAGACCAGGACAUCUCCUCAUCAGCGACUCCCCAGUCGGACUUGAUCACUCUCCCAACAGGACACGGCAAUUCCCCCUUCGUAUUCGACGACAGCUCCAGAUGGCUUCCUACCUCCUAUCCAACUUUCCACCCUACAUCCUGUGAGCUCGAUGUCGAUUCCACAGCCUUUCCGUUUCCGCUGGUCGAUCAAAUAGAUAGCACCGAUGCAACCAUCGAAUCUGAAACCCCACCAACUAUGAGCAUCGACGAUCUCGUAUCUCAAGCCUUCGGUCCGGGAUCUUCACCCACAGGUGCGCCAUCGUUUCCUCCCGGCUUCCUGUCCGAUACGAGCCCUCCAGGCGAAGCCAAGCCCGACGCCAAUCAUCGAAGAGUCUGCAUCCAAGCAGUCUGCUCAAGUGACAAGGUCGGGGCGGUAUUCGAGGCAGUGACGAAACUCUCCGUAUCAGCAGCCAUCAAAAUGGAUAACUAG